UAUAAUGUAAUUUACAGGCUGGAAAAUGAAAACCACCAGCACUUCUGAGCUCAGCCAAUCAGAGCGGGAGGGCGGGGCCUGGAGUUCAGGAACAGCCCCGCCCCCAGCCUCUCCGUGCAGUUCUCCUCCAGGUCCGCCCAUGCUCCAUAUAAAGGAGGGCUCUGGGCUGAGCAGUCACUGCUUUCUGCUCACACCUAGAAGAUGUCUGGUCGCGGUAAAGGAGGGAAAGGGCUCGGGAAAGGCGGCGCCAAGCGGCACAGGAAGGUGCUCCGUGAUAACAUCCAGGGCAUCACCAAGCCUGCCAUCCGCCGUCUAGCUCGCAGGGGAGGCGUCAAGCGCAUCUCCGGCCUCAUCUAUGAGGAGACCCGCGGGGUGCUGAAAGUCUUCCUGGAGAACGUCAUCCGAGACGCCGUCACCUACACCGAGCACGCCAAGAGGAAGACCGUCACCGCCAUGGACGUGGUCUACGCGCUCAAGCGCCAGGGCCGCACUCUCUACGGCUUCGGGGGUUAAUGCUGCCUCCGUCCUCACAGCACAAAGGCUCUUCUCAGAGCCGCCCACAUCUUCCCGGGGAGAAGCUACAAUUCCUUCUGCGCUCAGCCACUGAGGGGUUAACACCGCCCGCACAUCAGGGGACGGAGGGCCGGACAAUUGUCCGAGAUCAGCGGCGCCCUGUGCUCAGUACAGCCGGAGGUCUACAAUACAGAAAGCCCCAGUAAUGUAAAUCCCGAGCCCCGGGUGUUCUCCACCGCUCCUGCCCCCGCAGCCACAAGACGAGCUGUGCUCGGAGACUGAGGGGUUAAUCCGUCCCGGAGCUGCAGAGACCGGGACGCCAAUGAGCGGCGCUGGUACGGGUCACAUGACCGGCUCCUCCUGUAGAUCAGCGGCUCAACUAUAGGCGGGAAAUUCAAAUGAGCGACGAGAUCCUGAGCUCUCCCAGCCAAUAGGAGCAGAGCUCUGGACCCCUCAGCCGUUAUGUGCCCGUAGGAGCGGAGCCUCGUCCUCCUGUCCUGAGCGGCCGCACAGCCUGUCCCCAGGGAGCGCCACACUGAGAAGGAUGAUGGGAGUAGUGAAUGGGCAUGGAGGAGGAUGAUGGGAGUAGUGAAUGGGCAUGGAGGAGG